AUGGGAGCACCUAAACAGAAGUGGACUCCAGAAGAGGAAGCAGCUCUGAGAGCCGGUGUCCUUAAACACGGGCCCGGGAAAUGGCGCACGAUACUCAAGGACUCACAAUUCAGUGGAGUUUUAUAUCUACGAUCCAACGUUGAUCUGAAGGACAAGUGGAGGAAUAUGGGUGUGAUGUCAAACGGGUGUGGCUCACGGGAGAAGGCCAGGCUGGCACUGAAAAGGAUCCAUCCGGCACCCAAACAUAGAGCGAGCUCUAUGCCUCGGUCAUCUUUAAGUCAAAGUGGUGAUGAUGUAGUUGAUGCCAGGGCUAAUGAUACCUCGGGAGGUUCUUCACCAAAUGAUGCGCCUAAGAGAUCCGUCAUGAGGCUGGAUAAUCUCAUAUUGGAGGCUAUUAGAAAUUUGAGGGAGCCCGGAGGUUCUAACAAGACAUCCAUAGCUGCAUACAUAGAGGAUCAAUACUGGGCGCCUCCAAACUUUAAGAGGAUAUUGUCUGCAAAGCUAAAACAUUUUACAGCUAUGGGGAAACUUAUUAAGCUGAAACGGAAGUACAGAAUAGCCGCGCCUUCGUCUCGGCCCGAGAGACGAAAAGUGCCUUCAAUUCCCCAAAGAGUUGACCACUUGGAUGUCAAUCGGCUAUCAAAAUCUCAGAUCGACUUGGAGCUGGCCAAGAUGAGCAACAUGACCCAACAAGAGGCUGCAGAAGCAGCUGCUCAAGCCGUGGCUGAAGCUGAAGCUGCCAUGGCUGAAGCUGAAGAGGCGGCUCGGGAAGCUGAGGUGGCUGAAGCUGAUGCUGAGGCUGCUCAGGCAUUUGCAGAGGCAGCUCUAAAGACUCUGAAAGAAAGGAAUAGUUCGAUUACGAAUGUACAGAUGAUUCGUGCAUGA